CUGGCGCAGGAAGGUUCGCGCGGGUUAUUCUGGUAUUUCUGGGAGAAGGUUAUGGUUCUUUGUGAGCAAGACAGUAGUGAAUAAGUUAUAUUUAACGUUCAUUUUCUUUCAGUUUUAAUAUAAAUAAUAACCUGUCAAGAUGCACGUGAUUAAGAGAGAUGGACGCCAGGAACGAGUCAUGUUUGAUAAAAUUACUUCCCGUAUUCAGAAGCUCUGUUAUGGACUCAAUGCAGACUUUGUUGAUCCUACCCAGAUCACCAUGAAGGUAAUCCAGGGGCUGUACAGUGGGGUCACCACAGUGGAGCUGGAUACUCUGGCAGCGGAGACUUCAGCCACUCUGACAACCAAACACCCAGACUAUGCCAUCCUGGCAGCUAGGAUUGCUGUCUCCAACCUUCACAAGGAAACGAAGAAGGUUUUUAGUGAGGUGAUGGAGGAUCUGUAUAACUAUGUCAACCCUCUGAAUCAACGCCAUUCUCCCAUGAUUGCCAAGGAGACGUAUGACAUUGUCCUGGCGAACAAGGAUCGCCUUAACUCUGCCAUCAUUUUUGAUCGAGACUUCUCUUACAACUUCUUUGGGUUUAAGACACUGGAACGUUCCUACCUCUUAAAGAUUGAUGGCAAAGUGGCUGAGAGACCCCAGCACAUGUUGAUGAGGGUGUCUGUUGGGCUGCACAAGAAUGACAUUGAUGCUGCUAUUGAAACCUACAACCUCCUCUCUGAAAAGUGGUUCACCCAUGCAUCCCCCACUCUCUUCAAUGCUGGAACUAACAGGCCACAGCUCUCCAGCUGUUUUCUGUUGAGUAUGAAGGAUGACAGCAUCGAAGGGAUCUAUGACACGCUGAAGCAAUGUGCCUUGAUCUCCAAAUCUGCCGGGGGUAUAGGGGUGGCUGUCAGCUGCAUCCGAGCCACUGGAAGCUACAUUGCUGGGACAAAUGGAAACUCCAACGGUCUGGUUCCCAUGCUGAGGGUUUAUAACAAUACUGCUCGUUAUGUGGAUCAGGGAGGCAACAAGAGACCCGGUGCAUUUGCCAUAUACCUGGAGCCCUGGCAUUUUGACAUCUUUGAUUUCUUGGAUCUGAAGAAGAACACAGGAAAAGAUGAGCAGAGAGCCAGAGACCUCUUCUACGCUCUCUGGAUCCCUGAUCUCUUCAUGAAGAGAGUUGAGAACAAUGAGGACUGGUCCCUAAUGUGUCCCAGUGAUUGUCCAGGACUGGAUGAGUGCUGGGGAGAGGAGUUUGAGAAACUGUACACCAGGUAUGAGAAUGAGGGUCGUUUCCGCAAGAAGGUGAAGGCCCAGCAGGUGUGGUAUGCAAUCAUUGAGUCGCAAACAGAGACCGGCACGCCCUACAUGCUUUAUAAAGAUGCCUGCAACAGAAAGAGCAACCAGCAGAAUCUGGGAACCAUCAAGUCCAGCAACCUGUGCACUGAGGUUGUAGAAUACACCAGCCAGGAUGAAGUAGCUGUGUGUAACCUGGCUUCCAUAGCUCUCAACAUGUACGUCACAUCUGAGCGCACUUUCGACUUCAAAAAACUGGCCUCUGUCACAAAGGUCAUUGUGAGGAAUUUGAACAAAAUUAUCGAAAUCAACUUCUACCCUGUCCCUGAGGCUGAAAAGUCAAACAAGCGUCACCGGCCUAUUGGGAUUGGAGUGCAGGGUCUGGCUGACACCUUCAUUCUGAUGCGCUUCCCUUUCGAGAGUGCUGAGGCUCAGCUCCUCAACAUUCAUAUCUUUGAGACCAUUUACUACGCAGCGCUGGAGGCGAGCUGUGACCUAGCCAAAGAGCUUGGGCCCUAUGACACCUAUGAGGGCUCCCCAGUCAGCAAAGGGAUUCUACAGUAUGACAUGUGGGAGAAAACCCCUACUGACCUCUAUGACUGGAAAGCACUGAAGGAGAAGAUUGCAAAACAUGGUGUGCGCAACAGUCUUCUGCUGGCUCCCAUGCCCACAGCCUCCACAGCCCAGAUCCUGGGUAACAAUGAGUCUAUCGAGCCCUACACCAGCAACAUCUACACCCGCAGAGUCCUCUCUGGGGAGUUCCAGAUUGUAAAUCCGCACUUACUGAAGGACCUGACAGAACAAGGGCUUUGGAGUGAAGAGAUGAAAAAUCAAAUCAUUUCUCAGAACGGAUCCAUUCAGGCCAUCUCUGAAAUCCCAGAUGACAUCAAGGAGCUCUACAAGACGGUGUGGGAGAUCUCUCAGAAAACCAUCAUCAAGAUGGCGGCUGACCGCGGGGCAUAUAUUGAUCAGAGCCAGUCGUUGAACAUCCACAUUGCAGAGCCAAACUAUGGCAAGCUCACCAGUAUGCACUUCUAUGGUUGGAAACAGGGGUUAAAGACUGGCAUGUACUACCUGAGGACGAAGCCAGCUGCUAACCCAAUCCAGUUCACGUUAAACAAGGAGAAGCUAAAGGAGAGUGAGUCUGUGAUUGAUACCGUGGAGAUGAACAAGGCAGCUAUGGUGUGCUCCUUGGAGAACAGAGACGACUGCCUGAUGUGCGGUUCCUAAAUCUCCCUGUUAGCUUGUCCUUACCAGACUGCUCGGAUGUAAAUCGUUUUCAGUGACAUAAACCUUGGAUGUGGGAGAGGGGCACAAUCCUAGAACAUUUGCUGCACAUGCUCUAUAUCCACCAUCAACUGAAUUGUAACUAUUGCAUACCCAGUAAGGUAAUUUGGUGACAGUGACACGUUUUUGUUUUGCAAGAGUAAAUGCAGCUUUUGCUUGGUUAAGAUGGAUCUGUUGGUUUGCAGCGUCAGUCACAUGCUGGUAUAAUGGCUGUAUACUGAUAAAAGCUGUUUGAUUUGCAUGCAUCUUAAAACCGAUUACAAAAGAAUUGCAGACUUUGAAGCAGCCACAAACACAGUAAAUAUCUUUUGCAAAGAUGACCUGCUGUCUUUGCUUAAGAUGUGUAUAUAAACUUGCUUGCUUACUAUACAAUUUUACUUGAAGGGGUAGGCGUAUGGCUAGCCGCAUAAACCAGUUGACUCUUACAGUAUUGUCACAGUUAUAGUAUUUUCAAAAUUUCUGAGCAUAUUUUGGGGUGACUGAUAAAGUUUGUAUUUCUAUUGUACAUAUAUAUUUUUAAUCUUUUUCACAACAUUACCUAUAUUUCUUUAAAGUUACCUAGAUGUUUGAAGUUAUAAUGAAUUGGUUUGAUUGCAGGUAUUCUACACUGCUGAGCAAAAGCCAUUAGACAUGUUGCAUUUUUCUAAUCCUGAUGCAUUAUGAGCAUCAACAAUUUACUCAAAUCCUCCACUAGUGUUUU